AAACUAAUGUCGACUGUACAAUUAAUGUUACAAGCCUCAAAAUAAUAUAUUUGGUGUUUAUCUGUUUUAUAUUUUGAUGCUGAGCGAUAGGAGAUCAUGAUUUUAUUUUUUGCAUCAAUAUCCUGACGUAUCGUGACUAUGCCUAUUUUCAUCCUAUUUCUACUGGUGUUAUUUUCAAUUCAACGUGGAUUCAAGCCAUUUCCAGAGCAUAUUUCAGGGUAACAAACAAUCAACUGGCAAUACUGAGGUUGUCAACCAUUUUCAUGCUGGCCAAUCGCAGAUCGUUUCCAAGCCUCCAUUUCCAUUGACAUUAUCACAAACAAAAUCAAAAUUCAACUCAGUUGUCAUUUUGUCGUGGCGGUGAAGGGAGGUCUCAUGGCCUAGUUAUACUACUAUUUUCCUGAUCUUAAUCGCUGUAGUGAACUUAUUAUCUAAAGUAUGUUUUAAAAUAUAAAACUGUGUACCACACUUCCUGAAAAAUGUCUACAGUACUUCUAGCUGUUGUGGCUGUUAUAUUAUGUGUACUAUUUCGUAUACUGAAUGUUAACAGCCAGCCACAGAAACCAGUGAUUUACGGAAGGGAUCGAAGUUUUAUAGAGAAUAUCUUAUUCGUUUCACCGUUUCUUUACGAACCCUACAUUCCAACCCGUUUGUGGGGCUUCAGUGGCCAUGUGCAGACUAUCUUGCACAGUCUCAUCGGCCGGGUCCGCUGUCCCUGGCCUAUUGGUGCUCGGAUAUCCCUAGUGCUACCCGAUAAAUCGACGCUCACCUACGAUCUGUAUGAACCCAUGGGAUCUGAACAUGAAGACGAUGUGACAGUGGCAAUAUGCCCUGGCAUCGGCAACACCUCGGAGAGCGUGUACAUUCGAACCUACGUGCACUACUCGCAGUGGCACGGCUACCGUUGCGCCGUGCUCAACCACAUAGGCGCGCUCAACAGCGUGCCCGUGACCGGGGCUCGAAUAUUCUCCUACGGUCACACCGACGACUACGCUUACAUGAUAGACAACUUGACAGAACGCUAUCCUAAUACUAAGCUAAUCCUAGUCGGAUUCAGCCUCGGCGGCAACUUGAUCACGAAGUACUUGGGCGAGGUGCGGAGCAGACCUACCAACAUUAUAGGAGGCAUCUCCAUAUGUCAGGGAUACAACGCCAUUGACUCUCUAGUGUACUUGCUCCAAUGGCAAAACUUCCGUCGCUUCUACUUAUACGUGAUGACGGACAACUACCGCAACAUCAUCACGCGACACAAGCGUAACCUGCUCAGCCCCGAGAUCAAGAGCAAGUACGGCCUCGACGAGAACAUGAUCGUGUCCGCUGGCACCCUGCCCGACCUGGACGAGGCCUAUUCUAGAAAAGUGUACGGAUUCGAGUCCGUAGCGGAACUCUACAAGUGGAGUUCAUCGGCCUUCUACUUACAUAACAUUAAGACCCCAAUGGUGUUCGUCAACGCGCGCGACGACCCCAUAGUACCUGAACCGCUGUUACCUCUCAUCAGAGAGUUUGCUAGUUCCCACGACAAAACAAUGUUCCUAGAGCUGGCCCACGGCGGGCACCUGGGCUUCUACGAGGGCGGGCUGGUGUACGCCAACCCCGUCACGUGGCUCGACCGCGCGCUGGUCGGGCUCGCCGGCGGCCUGCUCAUGGCGCACAACAAGUGCUCCUCCAAGGAAUCCAUCCCCGAAAACAUCUCCGACGACGAACCUGACCUCAUCAAGUCGGCCACCAUCGUCUAUAGGGAUCCUUUGGACAAAACACCCGUGAAAUCGUAGAAUACAACCGCCGGUAUCAUAAGACAAUAUGGCUCUUAGCCAAGCUCAGGUUUACGAUAUGUUUGAUGUCACGCCAAUUAUCAAUUGUUUUAGGCGUGCCUGUGAAAAGCUUUUUGAAAGUAUUUAUUGUCUAAAGAUAGGUUAGGAUAAGUUGCCAUGGACCAAGUAAACGGAAGCUAAAGUGAACGAAUGAUCUAUGUCGAAUAACUAGAGCAGUAUUUCUUUUUACGGAAGUAUUACCGUUUAGAAAAGAGAUAAGAUGCCUAAUAAGAAAUCUACAAUCACUAACUCACUAUAACAUAAGAUUAUUAUUAUCUCACUGGAGACUGUAGUACUCACUCCACAAACCACGAGACCGAUAUUAUAAAGUAAAUUUGAAAAAUUGAGUGAACUUCUGUUAAAUUUUGUCUCUUUCUAACAAACAGAAAUGUCAACAUGACAUAUAGGAUCAAACAAUUAUCACCGGUUUGUUAAAUUUGACAAUGUUGAUAUAUAACGCCAUAAGGCAUUCUGUAUUAUUUACGUAUACUAAGUCUACUGUUUCCUUAGUCCAUGGAAUUUUGUAUACUAGGUCCGUGCAAUAGGUGAAACCUUACAUUAGGGUGGUUACCAGCGUUACAAGCCGCUGUCCGUUCCUAGUCGCAUGAUUACCCCGUUAUUUGCUAUAUGUUUAGACUUUUUACAAAAACAACUGAAAAUAAUAACCCGAACCUAUAGAAUAAUGGUUAAUAAUGCGACCAGGAAUCUAAAAAAGGUUGAAACCCUGCUGAACUUCGUGUUAACUAGUAACCAAAUAACCACAUAGAAAUUACUAAAUUAAACGAGUCGAAUGAAAUUGUGAGUGUAAUAAACGUGUACCAGUUAUCGUCGGAGUAUUGAUAAAUUCCAUGUAAUGGCAUUUUGCUGAAUAAUCUCAAAUAACCCAUUCCACAAAUCGAACUCAGCGGUUAGCUUGGUUUUCAAUAUUGUGAUAUUUUAUAUGUAGAUUUAGUCAACGAAAUUUGCUAUUGUAGUGGAAGAAAAAUUGAUACGAUUUUUUAUACAUAGAUAUACUUUAAAAUAAAAUGUGGUGUGCAAUGCAAUGAAUUAUAUUUAUGUUUAGUGUUAGUCUUUUCUAAACGUUUAAAAAAUUAUGCACAACUAUAUUUGCAUUAGGUACUUACAAAUGAGAUUGUGUAAUGCUUAUUUCCAGCGAUGAGUUUAAUUUUCCAAGUAGGUUUAGGAAUUGUCACUUAAUUGCAAUUUAAUACUGAGUAAAUAAGAAAUUUAAAGAUGAAGAUAGUAUAUUUUUCAAGUAGACAUAUUACAAUUCGCUUAUGGACGUCAAAAUAAUGCGAUAUUGUCACCUAACUCAAAUUAAUUUUGUCUUUGCACAUAGUAAUAUUUUAUAGUAUUUAAAGCACAAAUACUACAACACUGUUUACAGAAAAAAUGGUGUUAAUUUCGUUUACAACUCCCGCGUUAAUUGCAAUUACUAUACCAUAUUGCAUAUGCAAACCGCAAUGUGAAUCAAUGGUAAAAAAAUUGAAAGUUGUGGAUUAAAUUAGCAUCCCGUAUAUUCUAUGUCUGGCAUGUCAGGAUUGUCAAAAUGUGUAAUUUGCUUGUGAGAUCAAGUCAAAUAAAUGGUCUCAAUAUGGCCUAUGAUAUACAUGAUUUAUCGAGUUAAUUUUGAUCCGCAUUUGAAAAAUAGGAAAUAUUACUGCAAUGUUCUGCCGCCAGAGAGCAGCACUAGCACAUAUUGUAAACCAUAGACUCGUAGAUACAGUGCCUUAAACAGGCUUUUGAGAAGUUUUCACUAUGACAUUGAUGCAUCCAGGCGGUCUAUUUACAGAGUCUGUCUGUCUCUUUAUCGCUCGAAUAUCCAAGAGCGAGUUCGCGGUAGGCCCUCAUUAUGUGCUAGUGGCGCCCCCUACGCAGAGUUUUGCGUAAUAUCCCUUAUUAUUGUAUUAUAUCAAUUAUAUGUGUUCAUAUUUGCAGUGUCAUAAGUUAUUUUAUAGCUGGAUGAGUGUCAAUGUGUGUACCGCCAUGCCAGUGUCUAAGACGGAUGACGUCACAAUUCCACAUUCUGUUUUAUUAAUGAUAACAGUGAAACUGUUACCAUCAAUAAAAUUCAUAAUCAGCUUAAGGCUGCACCCGACGCCAAUGGCCUUGCGCGUUCUGCGGAACUUAUACCCCUCACCGCACCACCCGCUGCAAAACAUCGAGCGCGCAGAACUAUGCGUUCGAAAUAGAAUUACGCUUGCUCGCGCGCGCAACGCAGUACAGCUCCGUCUAGCAACACGACUUGCCCCGCACUGACUAUACGGAGGGGGCGGGGUAAUGGUAGGAACUUAGGCUGUAUUAAGGCUUAAUUUUUUUAGGAAUUUAGGCACAGUUUUAUGAAUUUUCGAAAAGAAAGAAAACCAAAUCAUGUUAUAGUGUUUUGUGAGAAAGAUUAUAAAGUUACAUAUAUUUUCAAUAAAAGUUCCAGUAGUAAUAAGGUUACAACUGAAAGAAAUAGCAGUGGGGUUAUUUUGAUUUUUUUUCUUCAUUUAUUUAAACUAAAAUAGAUUUUCAGAAAAAUCAUAACAUUUCUCAUAUGUUGCCGAUUCUUAUAUAUUUUUUUCUGCUCAGAAAGUGUCUUGAUUAAUAUAAAAAAUGGUUCAGAGUAACUCAGUUUUACGGUAUUUUGCGGAAGGAAGAGCCUUAAGUUGAUUCUGAUCGAUGACAAUUGGGUCAAAAUUAUUUUCGUUGUCUUGUUUCUUACCACUCUUGUAUCCAUGUCUUCUAUCGAAUAAAUAAAAAAAGUCAAAUGCUAUUGUAUGUCUUUCUACAUGGAUAUUCACACAUAGAUAUGCUACAUGGGGAAAAUAAAAAACAAAAUUUAACCUAUUCAAGAAGCUGAGAAUUUUUACCCAAUUACGAAAAUGAGAUGAAUAAUUCAUGACUUGAUAAUACGGUGGUUGCAAUGAAGUUCUAGAAUAAAGAUAAAAGGGCGCUCUAGGCCCCUGUUUCACAAUAGACACCAUUCAUCAUAACAUGUUAAUGCGCCGUACAGUCAGCGUCAAUUACUUUGUAGCAACCAAAGUGGCCAAAUAGUUCGGUACACCAUAUAUAUAGUAUGGUGUACCGAACUAUUUGGCCACUUUGACUGCUACAAAGUAUUUGACGCUGACUGUACAUUGCUGGCCCAACAAAAUAUGUAUUGAAGCUAAGUUCCGUCCUUAUUGACACGGAAAUGUAUAGUACAUUGACAGGGUGUCAAUUGUCACACUGGUGAAACAGAUGCCUGGAAUCACCGAUAUGAUAUUUAAAGUAUUGAUGGAUGUAUUGUCAACUCAUGAGAUAAUUAAAACUGCCUUAAAAAUGUGGCCUCUUUUAGCGCUUUGCCGGUUGCUUCUUAAAGGGGCACGGAUUUGAUACAGCAAAAUGUGAAAUAAGUGCAUUUAAAAUUUGCGUACAUUGACACAUUUUGUGAUCCCAAUCAUCUGAUCUCGGAAGCCAAGAGUCAAGUGAGUUAUGGUAUGUGUGACACAUCUGGGCGUUUUCUAAAAUAAAUAUUGAAAACCUGAUUUUUACAAAUCUGGACUUUUGACUCAUUCUACUCAAAAUCGUUAGCAUUCUCCAUCCUACCAUUUAAAAAAUAGUGUCCUAAAACGUCCGUUCCAUUACGUCAAGAUUUACUGUGAAAGAAAAUUUCACGUGAGCUGACGAGAGCGUGACGUAGUGGAAACCACGAUUUCCAUACAAAUUUUUGGGACAUUUUUUAGCAUCAAGAUUGAAUAGGUAUGAUAGUGAUUCUGAGUUGAAAGAAACCAAAAACAACAGGAUCUGUCAGAAUCAGGUUUUCAUUUUUUUUAAAGCUCUAUAAAAUGAUAGGAAAAACCAACCUUAGAAUGGUUGUAGUUUAUAUAUAACACGACACUUGGAUUAUAUAAAGUACAAUUUUGAGCUGUGUUAUGGAAUUACAGUAACUAUGGUUUUCUAAAGUUCAAGCCAAGGGUGUAAUAUGAUUAUAAUAACGACAAACAUUGAACUUUAACGUAUUACACAUAGUCAUUGUAAUUAAUGGUUUUGUAGGCUAAGCUUUAGAAAGUUAUAUACAAAUAUGUAUGUAGGUGAUAUUGUUUCUUUGUUCUAUAAAUAUGAAUGAGUGUCUUAAAUUAUUGAAAAUCAAUAAAUUAUUGUUCGAACGGAAAAGCUUCUGCUGGUGCUUUUAUAAAAAUACUUAUAUAUUUUGUAAUGUUUAUGCGUUGUUACCGUUUUAAUGAAUAAUAUCAACAACAGUAUUCAUUGCUUUUAAUUUUUCCAACUGAUGUUGAAGAUCUACUAGGGCCGAUUUUUUCUACUGAACAUCUUCUUAUUUCGAAGCAUUUGACCAACGACUAACAUGUAUCCGAUUUAUCGGUUAAUAGACUCGGUUUAAAAGGUGAGAUACACAGAAUAUGUAUAUAGAAAUGAGAUCGAGAUAUCAUCGUCUCUCUCGUCAGUUAAGACGUAGGAAAGUGUAACAAGUUCCCCUAAGGCCUAAGGGUGUCAGGAAUUAUGCAAAAUUAAACCCUAUCACCUAUUUGAAUAAAGUUCAAAAUCAGGUGGGAAAUAUAUUCCCUCUGACUCAUAAAGGCUAAAGCUAACACUGAAGCGACAGAAUGUGGAAGCACCACCAUAAACGUCAAAUUAGUAUGAACAUAAGCAUAGACGGGCUAUACGCGUGCGCCUGUGAGGGACAGAACAAAGGCCAUUUAAUUUUUAUUUUAAGGCGUUUUUAAUUUUGUCGCAUUCGACAAAAUUAAAAACGCGUAUCAUUCCUGAGAACAUACUUUUAAAAUAACUACGUAAUUUGGUCGGGUUCAACAAAAGAUGGCUACGUCACUUAGGGCUUUUUAGAAGUAGGUAGAAUCAUGACAAGGACAAACAAUAGUAGCGCUUUCUCUGCUACUCCUACUGCAAGUUUCAUAAGACCUUCCUGUUCGGUCAUUUCCCCCACCUCACACGUAUAAUCCAAUUAUACUUAUAUUCAUGAAACGUAAGAAAAGAUUUUGGUAAGAUGUAAUAACUAGUAAAGCAGUUUUAUUCGUAACAUUAUACAAUAUUGGCGCCGAGGUCCCCGAGUGAGUGUAGUCCUUUACCUAAUUGCCAGCAAGCCGACAUAGUGUGAUGAUUGUUGUAUGUUUUAAAAAUCGACUAUCCUUGACACUUGACGACACCGAAAAAUUUGCCAAAAAUAUAAUACACGAUCUUAUUUUCUAUACAAGUAGUGUGUUCAUAUUUUUAGGACUUUGACCGUGUAUCCUAGUGUCCCUAGUAGUAUUCAAGCAAUUUGUUUGCUGGAUCUCUAGUCGACGAAUAUCGGAAACCUGACAGCGCGUCCGAACAUUCUGAACUUGAUUUUGAAAAUAUCGGCCCUUAGUUUCCAAACUAUACGUAGGUAUACAAAUGUUAUGCAAAAUUGUUGUUGAGCUAGUCUCCCUAGAUGGCCUAGAUGCAUGAAUCUUAAAGAGAUAAGCCUCCAUAAAAGUUAAUGUAUGUAUUGGAGGAUAUGUAUACCAUGGCGGUUCAAUAGAAAUUGGUGAACAUGUAAACAAAACGAUUAAACUUUGUUUCUGCGUAAUCACCUGCUUUUAAAGUUUCAAAAUUGUCAUACUUUGUUUACUAUUUUGCCGUUUCUGUUAAUGCCAUUGUAGGUAAUGUCGCUACUUAGUACCAAUAAAAAUGUGUCGUUUUCGAGUGAAAGAUACUACUAGUAAGUAUAAAGAUUAUAAAAAGACAAUUAAAAAUCAACAGCGAAUCAGAGCAGUCAACAUAUUGGCACAUUUUACUGGACAACGACACAAAAUAUAUUUUCCUGUACUUAUGUGACUUAGUAUUUAUUUACGUGGUGAAUGGAGUCAAGGUACAGUCAACACCAGAAGUUUCUUAGCGGACGAGGUGUUAGAAAUUUUCAAAAUGAACUGUUUAAAGGAUUCAAAUAUAUGAAGGUAAUUUUAAACACCUGAUCAGUUGAUCACGCUUAGCAAUUUCUGCUGCUGACUGUACAAGUUAGGUAUACCUACUUGUGAAUUUAAUGGAAUAGGCAACAUGUUAAGAAUAAAACCCGUUCAAAUAGCAAUUUUAAUGUCUAUGCCAGAAAGUUCAAAUUGUAAUAGCGAGGUAGCUCCGAGACAUCCCGUGAAACAAGUAUAAUAACAUACGAGUAAGUGCCUACUUCGUGACAGUCAGUUAUAGCAAUUAAUUUCAUACGUGCACUUUAUUUAUUUUUAUGUGUUGUUGCCUAAAAGUUUGGAAAUUUUAGUAAGUAAGUAGGUACAGUCAGCGUUAAAUACUUCGUAGCAGUCAGAGUGGCCAAAUAGUUCGGUACACUAUACUAAAUAUAUGGUGUACCGAACUAUUUGGCUACUUUGACUGCUACGAAGUAUUUGACGCUGACUGUACCUAACCUAUGACAUGCACAUUUGCACAAUAAUUGUUUAGAUUUUGCCUUCUACGUUGUAAUUGAUGGAGCUUACUGUGUUCAGCCACGUAAGUGGCUUGUAACAAAUGUUUAUUUAUUUGUGUGUUUUGAAUGUGAAGAAUAAAACAGUAUUACAGUAUGA